AUGGCUGCUGCACAAUCCUUGGAAAUGCAUCUUAUUAUGGCCAAUGUUGGAGAGACUGUGACUUUGCACUGCUUCUAUAAAGGCAACCUGGCACUGUACCUUAUGUGGUACAAGCAAACAAUGGGUGACAAUCCUCAACUCUUAUUAACCUUUUACAAGUAUAACAAGAAUGCAACAUUUUACCAUGAAUUUAAGGGUAACACUCACUUCUCAGUGCAAAGCGGUGAAGGAAUGAAUCACCUAAAGAUCUCAGACAUGCAACUCUCUGAUUCAGCCACAUAUUACUGUGGGAACUCGUAUGCCAACCAGGUGGAGUUUGGAGCAGGAGUCAUUCUCACUGUGAAAGGUUCAGGGUCAAGAGACAUGACUGUGCUCCAGCAGCCUGUGUCUGAGUCAGUCCAGCCAGGAGACUCUGUGGCUCUGAACUGUACAGUAAACACUGAGACCUGUGCAGGAGAACACAGUGUCUAUUGGUUCAGACAUGGCUCAGGAGAAUCCCGUCCAGGAAUCAUUUACACCCAUGGAGACAGAAGUGAUCAGUUUGAGAAGAGCCCUGAGGCUUGGUCUCCUACACAGAGCUGUGUCUACAACCUCCCCAAGAGGAACCUCAGCCUCUCUGAUAUUGGGACUUACUACUGUGCUGUGGCCUCAUGUGGGGAGAUUCUGUUUGGAAACGGGACCAAGCUGGACAUUCAAGUUCCAGAACAUGAUUCUCCAUUUGAUAUGAGUCCUACUGUUCUGGCCUUGGUCGUCUCCAACAUCGUUCUGGGGAUAGUGACCCUUCUACUUGUCUGGGCGCUGUGCAAGAACAGAGAUAGCAGAGGUAUUACUUUAUAUCUAAUGUAUGUGAUGUUAUAAUGAUAUAGCUGAUGUAUC